UUCUCUCAAGUCUUGUACAGUGACGUCGCUCUCUUCUCUCUGCGUUCACUCGUUCUCAACCCCAUCGCCGCCGGUCCGACGUCACCGUUCACCGUUCAACGUUCAGCCGUAAGCUUGCCCAAUUCGAUUCAAAGGGGCAAAAGAUCUUCCAAAUCGAGAAACCCUAUGAAGUAGCCGCCCCGCUGUUGGCGACGUUUCAUCGAAGAUCCUCGCGUGGGUUUCGCAGAAUCGCCGUCCAAAAGUUACUGCCACAACCCCAAUGAGCAACAUGAAGACGCCGCAGAAAUCUCAACCUCCUGAAAUUCUUAAGUUGAAUACUGCAUUGAAAAUGGCAGAGCAGUGGCUUAACAAUAUGACACCAAUUGGUAAUGACGAGCCAACUGUUGUAGAACCUGAGAAUCGGCCUCCUAGACUUGGACUUGGAGCCAAAGUAUCACGCCAAUUCAGAAGUGGACCUUCUAAUGACCCGCUUGACAGAAAAUUAUAUGCCAAAUUGGAUGCUGGGAAAAGGCAAGCUGCUAGAAAGACAAAGGAGGAUACCCUGAUACUCAACAAUGAAGAUGACGAGGAUGAUGAUGAAGAAGAGAGUAGAACUGCCAUGUUCGAUAAGAAGCGGGCAGCAACUCCGGUAGCUAUGCCUCCUUUUCGGUCCAAGAAAAAACAGAGGUAGCUUACCUUUGCAUAUAGACUGUUGUGUUGCAUCUUUUCUGGUUUUCCCUUGUAUUAUAUAGAUACUGGAACUACUGAAAUAGGAGGCUGUAUCUUUUCAACCACAGGUUAAAAGGGUAGAGGGGCUAAUUGUGAUUGCUUUAUUCGAAUUGGUGUUUUUUUGUUCUUGGGUGUUCUCAUAUAUUUUUCUUCUAAUUAUUAGCAUCGAGGCUAAUGAAAAAGUGACGGGACUUGAAUGGGUUCAAAUUGUGUGAUGACCACUUACCUCGAAAAUCUUAAAGUGACAGCUCUUAGCUUUUGAAAAUAGGGUGUACUCAGUUGUAAGUUAAGUGGUUGUUCCAUGAGAUCAAUUGAAGUUUAUGCAAGGUAGCCACAAAUUUAUUGUUA